AUGUAUGGAGUGCUCGUCAUUGGAGCACCAGGUGCCGGAAAAUCCACGUUUUGCGCCGGGCUGGUGGAUAUUUUCAGCCAAAUCAAUCGGCCUUACUUCACUAUUAAUUUGGAUCCGGCUAACAAUUUAGUUCAGUACGAUGCAACAUACGAUAUAAAGGAGUUAGUGGCAGUUGAGGAGGUGAUGGACAGACUUGGCAUGGGACCAAAUGGUGCUCUCAAAUAUUGUAUCGAUACCUUGUGUAGGAAUCAAGACUGGUUGUUACGGAAGAUCCAAGAUAACAAGGAUAAAUACGUAAUCCUAGAUUGUCCUGGACAGCUAGAGUUGUACAAGUGUGAAGGCGAGUUGUGGAAGAUCAACGUCCUCUCUAAAGUGGACCUAUUUGACGAAAACGCAUCGUUUAACCUUGAAUACUUCAUUGAAUUGCCGGAUGUGAAUCGACUGCUUGAACUACUAAAUGAUGUUCCCGGUCUAGAACGGUAUCACGCAUUAAAUACGGCCAUCUGUGACGUACUAUCAAAUUUCGACAUGGUGAAUUUCGUUCCUCUAAAUGUACAAAGGAAAGAAGAUAUGGCAAACGUGCUGCGUUUAGCAGAUUCAGCGAAUGGAUGGGCAUUCCAUGACGUUAGUGAUAUAAGGGAAUUGGUAGUGAACCAAUAG